AUGGCCGCAGUGAAUGGGAAGAAAACAUCGGAAUCGAGCGAUUUCUCACCGUACAGAUCCGAUGGAAAGCUAUACGGAUUCGUCUGCAUCGUCACGGGCGCAACACAGCCUAUAGGAAGAGCAAUCGUCCUCGAGCUGGCAGCACAUGGAGCCGCAGCGAUAUAUGCCUGCUCAGCAUUGGCCAAAGACGAUUUCGCAAGUCUCGAGAAGGAAGUCAAUAACCUCUACCCAAACACCAAGGUCGUCGGAUAUCCCUUCAAGCUAGCGAACGAAGAAGAUACGUUGCAACUGAUCGAUGAUGUUCUGAACGCGUGGGGACGGCUCGACAUCUACGUAACCUCUUCAGGCCUCCUAGGCCCGCCCUCAAUCGCCGAAACGACACCAGCAGACCUCUACAAACUCUUUGAAGCCAACUCCAUGGCACCUUUCUUCGCUCUCAAAUACGCCCCUCCCGCAAUGCAGAAGACGACCCCCAAAGGCAACUACCCGAACGCUACACCGAAAGACCAACCUUACGGAAGCAUAAUCGUAGUAGCAUCUGUUGCUAGCACGAUAGGAGGCUGCUGGGGUCCAGCAUUUACAAUGUCGAGCCAUGCUGCGCUAGGAGUCGUAAAAGCUGGAGUAGCCACGCUGAAAGGCACUCUAGUAAGAAUCAAUUGUAUCAGUCCAGGACAAAUCGACAUCGGGGUGGAUCUGCAGAAUCUGGAUCGAAGAGGUCUGGAGCAUCAGCUACCUCCGAGUAGACUACAAUCGAAAGAGGUGCAGAAGCAGAUGGUAGGUUUGGAAAGAGCAGGACUGCCGUCUGAAGUUGGAAGAGUAGCAGGUUUCCUCGCCUCUGGCUUCUCAAGUUAUAUUACAGGACAAAAUAUUGUGGUCGAUGGUGGUACUAGUGUCAUGAAUCCAUUAACAGUGCCCCUGUAG